AUGACGGGGGUAGAGCCUCCCAGUACUGCCGUCACCACCGUCGAGAGCCUGAGGCCGGACGCCCAGGGACUGCGGCUGCUCGUCAAGGUUGUGGAUGUGAAGACCGUGCUGGACAAGGCUCCGAGGCCGAACGGCAGGACACAGAAGGUGGCUGAGUGCUUGAUUGGGGACGAGACAGGCACCAUCCUCUUCACCGCUCGCAAUGAGCAAGUGGAGAUCGCCAAGCCCGACACCUACCUCGACCUUCGUGGGGCCAAGAUUGACAUGGUCAACAACAGCAUGAGGCUAGCCGUGGCCCCAGGCGGGAGCAUGGAGGCCGUGACAGGGCACACUUUCAACCCCCGGACCGACUUCAACCUGUCCCUCAUCGAGUUCGAGCUGGUCCUGGUGCCACGGGAAGAGGCUGGCCCCAGCCCCGCUACAGUCGGGGGCAUCGAUCCAGCUCGAGGGCCUUCCCUGACAGGCGGAGCCGAGGGCACGGAGGAGCCCAGCCAGGCGAUCCCAGAAGAGGAAGGUUGA